ACCCCCUUCCAGAUCAUGGGCUGCUCAGCCACUGUAAAUUAUCCGGCAUUAGAUACCGUGCAAUGCCGUAGACCGGUGACCGUCGAUAAGUUGGCUUCUCAAUCUCAAAAUGGCGGCAAAAGAAAGUUUACUUCAAUAUUUAAUGAAAUAUGAAAAUGAUGACCGUAAAGACUGUGCUGCAAUCUACGAUCCCGCUUGCCCAGUUUUGAUUAAUUUUUGUGAUGCCUCAGCGAAAGGGAAAAGAUUUCCGGAAUCCACAGUCGAUUUUUCUGUCUGUGCAGGUUUUCCACUCGCUUGUUUUCAGCUCAUCAGUCUGAGAAAAUUGCUUUCUUACCUACAAGGAAAAACUGAAGCCAGUGAGGAUAUUUUAAGAUUAGAAAAUUUCAUUGCAAUGAAAGAGCAUGAAGAGUGUCUUCUUUCAUUAGUUACUCAGCAAUAUAAUAAAUACAACAUACAAGUUAUUCUUGCUGCCCACUUGUUUGGACCAUUGGCUGGUAGUUACAAGAUUGGAAUCAAUGGCUUCCCAAAGAAUGCAAGAUGUCCUAGAUGUAACAAAGAUAUUAGUGAAGCAGUACAAAAUACAUCACUUGGUAAUGGAGAUGUAUGGCAUGGAUAUGACGAUAUACUUGUGAAUAGAUGUUUAGUCAAGAUAGGGACUGAAGACAAUAAAGUUGAUGGAAUUGAUGAACCAGAGGAUGAAAGUGGAGAAGAAGAAAGUUCAACUUCAGAUGAAUGUUAUGUGUCAGAUAGUGUUGUUAAAAAUGAUGCAAAAGGUUAUCAAACUAUGUCACAGGCAUUGGCACAAACAAUUGUUAAUGCAUUUUCAGAAGUGAACAAGAAUUCAGAGUUGUCGUGUUCCUUUAUACCAUCAUUUAUUGCAACAUGUAAAGAUAUUCGAAUAACUAUGUAUAACUCUGGAUUUGAUAGUCUGAUAAUGUCCAGUAAUAUGAAAAUCUUUAUGUCUCAUGAUAACAAAACAAUCUUAAAUAUUUCAACUAUUUUGAGUGUAUGGUAUGCCUUGAAUUAUGACAACUUUUUUGACAAAGUUGUUGAAGGGGAUGAACUCUUUCCACAAUUCCAUUCUGAGAUUCUAUACAAAAAGUCAAAUUUCAAAGAACAAGCAGGUGAAAUGUACGAGAUAUACAAGGAAAAGUGCACCAAACCUAUGACAGAAACAAAAAGAGACCAAGAUGUUGUAUUUAAAAUAUCAACUGAAAGUUUUACUGGUCCUUUAAACUCUCUAAUUAAAGAAUCGAUUUUAUCGCUAAGAAGUGUUGUAAAGCAGAAUUAGCUAGAGGUUGGUCAUGUGACAGUCAUGUGACAGUCUGUAUGCUUUUGUUCAUUGAUCAUGCUGUAACAACUUCUACAUUUUAAGCUGACCUGAGUAAAGCUGAGAGGGAACUGUUAAUAUCUUAUUCUGAUUGGUGUUCGUCUGUUGGUAUCCACAAUUCUUUAAAUAACUUCUUAUUUGAAGUUAAAGAUAAAAGAACUUCACAGGAAUGAUCAAUUGGUUGUCCUUUACAGAAGAUGCUAAAAGACCACAUUCCAUGCAGAAUUCUGGUUACCAAAGGAAUUUUUAUAGAAAAAUUCUUGUCAUUAAUAUUAAGUAAGUUAUGAAACUUAGAUAUAUUUGUAAUGUAGGAUAUUAAGUAUGAUUUUUAUUGAUAUUGUUUUAAAAAUUUACUGAAAACCUUGCUCUGUAAAAAUAGUUUUUGAGAAAUAAUAAUGAUAGUAUUUCUGAGUCAUGAUGGGUCUUUAAAGAAAUAGUGGUUAGCAAAAUAUGUUAGCAAUAGCAAACGUGUUAUAUAAAUUAGCUAGAGAACAUAUUAUUUUCUAUUGAUAAGUUUUGAUGCAGGGUAACAGUUUUAUAAACUGAUUAUAAAUGAAUUUAAAAAACCAAAAUGCUUUUUAGCUGGAUUAUUCCAAGAAUAGUAUGGACAUCUUACUCACCUGAGUGUCAGUGUUGUCAUUGGUGUAACACUUAGGUUAAAGUUUUGCAUGCAACAUCAUAUUUCAUGUUAAUUCUUACAUUAUCCAGGCCCUUAUUUUACUAUCAAGCACUGAGAAUAGCCAAGCACUCUGUCCUAAUGACAGCUCUUGUUGGAACGAUGUUUUUAGCUCGACUAUUUGCAUAAUAAUCGAGCUAAUGCAAUCACCCAUUUGUCAGCUUCUGCGUCCCUGUUGUUCAGUUUUUUCCCGUAAGCUGGUAUCUCCAUAACUACAGAAGGGAAUGGAUUUAAACUUCACACACUUGUUCUCUGUGAUUAUCUAAGAUGAUUGACACAAGUCCCAUAACUCUGAUUUGAUUUUUUGCAUAAUUAUGCCCCUUUUUCGACUUAGAAAUUCUAGGUUAAGUUUUUGUUUGUAAGAUUGUAUCUCCAUAACUACUGAAGGGUUUGUGCCUUUUUUGGAACAAUUUUAUGCAUUCAUAAUAAUAAAGCAGUGAUUUUAUGCAUUCAUAAUAAUAAAGCAGUGAUUAACUUGAUAAAACAUCUUAAUAACAAGCAUUUUAUACUCAAUGAAACACCCUUGUGACAACUUUUCGAAUAGUCAAGCGUUACUGUCCUCUGACAGUUCUUGUUUGUAGACAAAGUUUGUAUAACAGUAUAGAGCAGGUGUUAGAUAUGCCAAUAUUUUACAAUCAUGUGUAAUAUUAGGUUAUUAUACAUUAUUGAGUACAAUUGUUCUAUUGGACAAGUACACAGCUGUAAAACAUAUAUAAGACAAGGCAUAAGCUGAGUUUGAUAUAGGUUUUGCAGCUGUGUAUGAGUCCAAUAAAAUCAGUAUUGUUCUCAAAAGUGUAUAAUGACCUCUUUUAUUUUAUACCAACAUUUUUAUGCCCACGCUAUAUAAUGGCUGGGGCAUAUAGUGUUGCCCUGUUCCAACAUUCCGUCCUUCUGUCAUUCUGUAAUUCCAUCAUCAACAGUUUCUGUUCAUUAUCUUAGUUACACCGUCGCACACAUUUAACUCAAAUUUGAUAUAUGGAUAUAUCAUGAGAAAAUACAGGUCAAGUUCGAAUUUGGUCGUGGUCCAAUGAUUUUUGACAGAGUUAUGCCCCUUGAUGAAAUUUUCAGUUUCCGUUCACUAUCUCCACAAUGGUAUUACACAUUCAACUCAAAUUUGAAAUAUGGAUAAGUCAAAGGAAUGCCCAGAGUUAUGCCCCUUUCACUUUGAAAAAAAGGAAAUUUUCAGUUUCCGUUCAUUAUCUCCCCAAUAGGUGUACAUAUUCAACUCGAAUUUUGUAACAUCUGGAUAUGUCAUAAAAAUACACUGGUGAAGUUCGAAUUUGGUCAUUGUUUGAUGAUAGCUGACAGAGGUAUCCCUCUUGAUCUAUGAAAAAAUCAGAAAUUUUUAGUUUCCGUUCAUUAUCUCCCCAAUGGUUGAACACAUUCAACUCAAAUUUGACAUAUACAUACAUCUUAGGAAUAAGCAGUUCAAGUUCGAAAUGUUGUGGUUCAAUGAUUUUGAACAAAGUUAUCUCUCUUGAAUGUUGGAAAAAAAUUGAAUAUUUAGCUCACCUGUCUCGCUUUUCGUUAGUCGUCCGUCCGUCGUCCGUAAACUUUUACUUUAAAUAACAUCUCCUCAUAAACCACUUAGCCAAUUUAUCAAAACUUAACAGGAAUGUCCCUUUGGUGGUCACCUUUGGAAAUUGUUCAAAGAAUUUAAUUCCAUGUAGAACUCUGGUUGCCAUGGCAACCAAAAGAAAAAACUUUAAAUAUCUUCUUUUAAAGAACCCAAAGAGCUAGAGCUUAGAUAUUUUGCAUGAAACAUCUUCUAGUGAGUGUCUACCAAGUGUGUUCAAAUAAAAUCCCUGGGGUAAAAAUUGGCCCCGCCCCAGGGGGUCAUUGAUUUUCCCUAUAUGCAUAUAGUAAAAACUUAAAAAGUCUUCUUUUAAAGAACCCAAAGAGCUAGAGCUUAGAUAUUAAGCAUGAAACAUCUUCUAGUGAGUGUCUACCAAGUUUGUUCAAAUAAAAGCCCUGGGGUCAAAAUUGGCCCCGCCCCAGGGGGUCAUUGAUUUUCCCUAUAUGCAUAUAGUAAAAACUUAAAAAUCUUCAUUGAAAAAACUCAAAUAGCUAGAGUUUAGAUAUAAGGCAUGAAACUUGUCCUAAUGGGUGUCUACCAAGUUUGUUCAAAUAAUAGCCCUGGGGUCAAAAUUGACCCACCCCGGGGGACAUUGAUUUUCCUUAUAUGUGUAUAGCAAAAACUUAAAAAAUCUACUUUGAAAAAGCCUGAAUAGUUAGAGUUUAGAUAUUAAGCAUGAAACAUCUUCUAGUAAGUGUCUACAAAGAUUGUUCAAAUAAAAGCCCUGGGGUCAAAAUUGGCCCCGCCCCAGUGGUGUCAUUGUUUUUAACUAUGUGUGUAUAGUAAAAACUUAAAAAAUCUUCUUAUAAAAACCCAAUGAGCUAGAGCUUAGAUGUUUAGCAUGAAACGUCUUCUAAUGGAUGUCUACCAAGUUUGUUCAAAUAAAAGCCCUGAUAUUUAAACUUGCCCUGCUCUGGGGGCCUAUAUACAGGUGAGUGACUUCAGGGCCAUCAUGGCCCUCUUGUUAGUUUCAGCACUCAUACUUUUGUAGAAAUGUAUGUAUUGUAGUCAUUAUUUUGGCUACAAAUAUGCAAUGUGCAAUUUACAAAAUUCAGGUUAACACUGAAUAGUUUCAGUACCUUGAACUUUGUAUAAAAAUGGUUUAUUUUUAAGAUAAGAACCUAAACCAUUUCAAUAACAGUUUUUUAAUAAACAAUAAACAAAAUCACAUCUGUAAAAACUAUUCAUACAUACAUAUACAAAAGCUUGACCAUGUUGUAUUUACAAACAAAUGAAGACAUUUGCUAAAAAGUCUAAUCAAAUCUAAUCUAAAAAAACAGUCCACAAGAUUUUAAAUAUACAAACUGAAAUCACUUGCUACAUUGUCUUUCAUUAUUUUAAUGCUUUUCACAAUAACUAAACCAUAAUAGAAUAAUAGUACUAUUGAUAUCAAACUAUAUCCUGUCUUUUAUCCUGUUAAAGUGCCACUAAUAUUGACAAUUUUAAGCUGUUUUUAUUCUUUUCAAUUUCCUAGCAUUUUCAUUAGCCUCACUUUUCCUUUUCUAACCGGUUCUUGACACAAUCUGGUUUUUAAAUCUUACCAAGUUUGCCAGUUUUUUAGCUUUUUUCAUCUUAAAUAACUGAACAGGGGUGCUUACAUUCUCUUUAUGUUUUUUCAAAUCUUCUAACCUUUUGUUUUGUAAGUAUUUUCUAUAAGUGUCAUAGGCAUUAAUGCAAAGGGAUUUCAUGCUGUUGUUAACAAUUGUGUCUGUGCUCUUUACAUUCUUUUUCCUUAAUGCAGUUUUGACUAUUGCUACUGCUUCAUAAUUUACAAUAGUUAACUUUUUCUGUCUUUCUCCACAUAUCAUCCAUAAUUUUGAAAGAUGAUUCAAACAAAGGCCCACUGAAAAUACAUAAUGCAGUCUUCACAAGCUUUUGCAUUAUUGGGUAGCGCACUUCAUUGAAAAUGGUAAGAGAGAAGACCUUUGACCAAUACAUGGUGUCUGUUCUGUCAUCUUCCUUGUAGUCUUGUGACAGAUCCUCCACGUAUCUGUCUAUAUUAUACUUGUCUACUUCCACUGACAAUUGGUGUUUUCUUCAUGUGUAAGGACAUUGGGUAAUUAAGUUGAAAUGUCCUUAAAUGACACAGCUGUUUUGUUAUGUCCUACCAUAUGGGGGUCUAACACUGACA